AUGAAGAAAGAAAACCAUUCCUUUAACCUGGAUUUUAUCCUCCUGGGAGUUACAGGUCAGCAGAAGCAGGAAGAUUUCUUCUUUGUUCUCUUUUUGUUCAUUUAUCCCAUCACAUUGACUGGAAACCUGCUCAUCAUUUUGGCCAUUCAUUCUGACAUUCGCCUUCACAACCCCAUGUAUUUUUUCCUUGCCAACCUCUCCUUAGUUGACAUUUUCUUCUCAUCUAUAACCAUCCCUAAGACAUUGGCCAACCAUCUCUUGGGCAUCAAAACUAUUUCUUUUGGGGGAUGCCUAACACAGAUGUAUUUCAUGAUAGCCUUGGCUAAUGCAGACAGCUAUACUUUGGCUGCAAUGGCAUAUGAUCGGGCUGUGGCCAUCAGCCGCCCACUUCACUACACAACAAUUGUGAGUCCAAAGUUUUGUGUUCUGUUAGUUGUUGGGUCUUGGGUAGUUGGAAAUGCCAAUGCCCUCCCCCACACUCUGCUCACAGCUAGUCUAUCUUUCUGUGGUAACCAGGAGGUGGCCAACUUCUACUGUGACAUUAUGCCUUUACUCAAGAUAUCCUGUUCUGACAUCCACUUUAAUGUGAAGAUUAUGUACCUAGGGGUUGUUGUUUUCUCUGUGCCACUACUAUGCAUUAUUAUCUCCUAUGUCCAGGUCUUUUCCACAGUCUUACGAGUUCCAUCUACCAAAGGUGUGUUCAAAGCCUUAUCCACCUGUGGUUCCCACCUCACAGUUGUUUCGUUGUAUUAUGGCACAACGAUGGGCAUGUAUUUCCGCCCUCUGACCAGUUAUAGUCUAAAAGAUGCAGUGCUAACUGUGACGUACAUGGCAGUGACCCCAAUGUUAAACCCUUUCAUCUAUAGUCUGAGAAAUCGGGAUAUGAAGGCUGCCCUGAGGAAACUCUUCAGCAAGAGAAUCCACUCAUGA